UUUUCCAGCAAAAAGGAACACAAGGCAGGCACAGACACAGGCACAGGCACGAAUAAUGGAAACAGAGGAAACAAACACAACUAAUACGACUAGCAGUAGCAAGCAAGUUGCAGAUAUGGAAGAAGAGACCAAAACAGAAAAAAUGGAUUCCCCCACCAAUUCCCAACAAACCAUUUCUGACGAUGAUGAAAUAGACUAUUCGAUCAAACCUGAAUUCUAUGACCCAUACCUUGAUGAUAAAGAUGAAUUAUGGGUUCAGAAUAAAAGGAAAGGCCGUAUUUCCGAUGCUGUGCUUAGCUGUCCUGCUUGUUUUACCACCCUUUGCCUUGAGUGCCAAAGGCAUGAAAAAUAUGUGACUCAAUACAGGGCAAUUUUUGUUGUCAACUGCAAGAUUGAAAAUGACAAAGCCAGGCAAGAAAGGGUAAAACGAAAAAAAGGCAAGAGAAGAAGAGAAUCUAGCGAGAAUGAAGCAGUUGCUGGUGGUGGAGAAAUAUUCAAGCCAGUCUGCUGUUCUGUCUGCUCAACAGAGGUUGGUGUCAUUGAUGAAGAUGAGGUUUAUCACUUUUUCAAUGUUCUUCCAAGUGAGUCUUGACCUGCCCAUUCUCAGUUGCUGAGGCUACCGAAUAGUUCACAGACAGUUCAUUUUUAGUGCUAGAGCUAGACUAGGAAAUGUUACCUGAAACUUACCGUACUAACAUUAGCAUUACUUGCUUUCUCUCUCUCCCUCCGAGCAUAACACGUCUGGAGUGGUUCUGCCUAGGGAGAUAAUGAGAAUUUUUAUUGGUUUUGAAUGGUGUAAUAUAAAUGUUGUUUCAAUUGGACAUGGGAAGCUCCCUCCCUACCAGUCCAAAUCGAGCAGAAAUUUGCCAACAGCCGCAUAACCUUUUGGUAGAGUGCUGAGUUCUUAAUUUCAGAUAUUAUGAUUCAAAUCUUGACAGUUUCAAGUAUCAACUGAAGAAUGCCAAGUGAUUGGUCAAGAUUGUCCCUGGCAAAUGGCAAUAUGCCAAUUGCCAAAUAUUAACAUAGUGAAGUUCUUUCUGGACCCAGCCCAUUUUCUUGGGUUGGGGCUGCUAUCCUAAAAGCGUAACAAAAUCUAUUAUUUCCGGAAGGGAGAUGUAAAUCACCGGAAUUCCCUUGUUAGGGAAUUUUUUAUUGUGUGCGGAGAAAGGGAAGAAAAUUUUGUUGUUCAUAUUAGGAAACUAAAAGUUGGUCAUGGCAUGUCCAUUACCGGAUGAGAGUAUUCUAGGGACAAUUACUAUGAUUUACUAAUCACUACAUCAUUUGUCUUCUUUUAUUCUGGGGUAUAGCCUUUAUUCAUUUGAACCUUUCAUCGAUUCAUGCCUUCAAUCUUCAUGUCUGGCUCCGGGGCUUAGGGCACUGAUCAGGUAACUCUGUCCAGGGGAUUUCUGCUACCCUCGGUAUCAAACCUCGGCCUAUUAAUACUAACACCCAAAUAAAGGGAAAAAUACCUUCAUGUUCCAAUUUGGGAAAUCAAGGGAUUCAGAUUUACUUUUACCAAAUCUAAAAACGCAAAGACAAUUUUUCUUUGCCCUUGUAUAAUUUGAGAAGGUGAGGAGAUAUUCCCCACACAGAGUCUGGCCAAAUGAUUAUGGCCAUUCUGUUGUAUACAAGUUAUGUGUCACCCUGCCAUUGGUGUUUACAUAAGCAUGAUAUCUAAUUGCAUCUCAUUUUCUA